AUGUCAGAGUGCAACUUUUAUCGAAGUCUGUGGUGGGAUAAGGGAGAAUUUAGCGAAAAAGCAAAGUGGGAAGAAGUAGCUCUGCCAUAUGUGCUUGCCACGGGUAUUACUAUAGAAGAAUAUGAACAACGUACAGAAAAGUUUUCUAUUCGUAGUUGUUGGGAAUGGCGGGAGGGAAAAGUCAUAAUCUAUGAAUUUCCUUCUGCACCACAUGAAGUUUGCGUUUCCGCAAUCACUAGUGAAAUAAUGAAUGGCUGCAAUAAUGCUAGAAGAACUAAUGCAGUGAUUAUAGGUUUUGGAACAAGAGACAUAAACCGUGGAAAAGAAGCCAAUUCAUCAUUUCGCCCGGACAAACCGCCUGUAACUCCACCAAAUGGGAGCGAUAGAAAUGAUUUUCCUUGGCCAAACUUAGUUGUAGAAGUAGCUUAUUCCGAAACAUUAGAUCACGUCGAAGAAGCAUUGUGCUACUGGUUAAGUCCUGGUCGCGCCCAUGAUUGUAUUAUUGUAAAAAUAGAUCCGGUUCCCCAAAGCGAAGUACCUGUCCGUAUGAGA